AUGGAGCAAGCUUUGAAAAGGCUCGCCCGAUUGUCCGUUCUCACGGGUUCCGUCGCUCUCGUGCCGAGCACCUGUCUGGUUGAUGUCGACGGAGGGCAGCGAGCGGUAAUGUUCAACCGAUUCGGAGGUGGUGUGAGCGAGUCAACGCUGGGAGAAGGUAGCCAUUUCUAUCUCCCAUGGUUUCAGAUGCCGCACAUAUACGACAUCAGGACGAAGCCGAAGGUAAUCAACACUACCACCGGUACGAGGGACUUGCAAAUGGUGUCAAUUAGCUUGAGGCUUUUGUACCGGCCUAUCACUGAAAAUCUUCCCAGAAUUCACCAAAAACUCGGACCGGACUAUGAUGAGCGAGUACUGCCGUCGAUCAGCAACGAAGUUUUGAAGGCCGUGGUAGCGAGGUAUAACGCCGAGUCACUGCUAACGCAGAGGGACCAGGUAUCGGCGGAUAUACGUUUGGCAAUAACGGCUAGAGCUAAACAGUUUGAUAUCAAGCUCGAUGAUGUUGCCAUCACACACCUCAGUUAUGGCAAGGACUUCAGCAAGGCCAUCGAGCAGAAGCAAGUGGCUCAACAGGAAUCCGAGAGGGUCAAGUUUAUUGUUCAAAAGAGCGAGCAAGAGAAGCUAGCUGCCAUUGUGAAGGCCGAGGGAGAGGCUGAAGCCGCUAACCUAAUAUCGCGAGCAAUACAGACACACGGCACAGGAAUGUUGGAAAUCAGGAAACUUGAGGCUGCCAAGGAGAUAGCGGAGACGCUGGCAACGUCAAAGAACAUUGCUUAUGUACCUAACACCACUAACUUGCUGCUGAAUGCUUCGAACAUCUGA